GCCGGGAGGAAGGAAUGUGGUCCGAGGGGCUGCUGGUGGGUUUAGUUACCGGCGCGGCUCUCCUCUUCCUUGUGCUGGCGCUGGUGGUGAGGCAGCUGUUGAAGCAGAAGAGACCCGCGGGCUUUCCGCCUGGUCCGGCGGGGCUCCCUCUCAUCGGCAGUAUCCAUUCCCUGGCCGCGGAGCAGCCUCACGUCUACAUGAAGAGACAAAGUCAGCUGUACGGGCAAAUUUUUAGUCUUGAUCUUGGAGGCAUAUCAACUAUUGUACUGAAUGGCUAUGACGCAGUAAAAGAAUGCCUUGUUCAGCAAGGUGAAGUUUUCUCAGAUAGGCCUUCUCUGCCUUUGUUCAAGAAGCUGACCAAAAUGGGAGGUUUGCUGAAUGCAAGAUAUGGCAGAGGUUGGACAGAGCAUCGCAAAUUAGCAGUAACUAGCUUUCGAAAUUUUGGAUAUUGCCAAAAGUCCUUUGAAAGCAAAAUAGCAGAAGAAUCGGUUAUUUUUCUUGAUGCCAUUGAUACUUACAAAGGCAAAGCUUUUGAUCUAAAGUACUUGAUAACAAAUGCCGUUUCAAACAUUAGUAACUUAAUUAUUUUUGGAGAACGAUUUACCUACGAAGACACUGAAUUUCAGCAUAUGAUGGAAAUAUUCAGUGAAAAUAUUGAAUUGGCUGCCAGCGCUUCAGUGUUUUUAUACAAUGCUUUCCCAUGGAUUGGAAACUUGCCUUUUGGAAAACAUCAACAACUUUUUAGAAAUGCUGCUGAAGUCUAUACUUUUUUACUACACCUUAUUCAGCGCUUCUCGCAGAACAGGAAGCCUCAAGCACCUCGGCAUUUUGUAGAUGUAUAUUUAGAUGAAAUGGAUAAGAAUAAAAAUGAUCCAGAAUCUGUAUUUUCAAUGGAAAAUUUAAUUUUUUCAGUUGGAGAACUUAUAAUUGCUGGAACAGAAACUACAACAAAUGUUCUAAGAUGGGCAGUCUUGUUCAUGGCUCUUUAUCCUAAUAUCCAAGGACAAGUGCAUAAAGAAAUUGACUUAGUCAUUGGUCCCAACAAAACAGCAAGCCUAGAAGAUAAGUGUAAAAUGCCAUAUACGGAGGCAGUGCUACAUGAAAUUUUAAGGUUCUGUAAUAUAGUUCCAUUAGGUAUUUUUCAUGCAACUUCUAAGGAUACAGUUGUCCGUGGUUACUCUAUCCCACAAGGCACUACUGUAAUCACAAAUCUCUAUUCUGUACAUUUUGAUGAAAAAUACUGGAAUAACCCUGAAAUGUUUUGUCCUGAAAGAUUUUUGGACAACUCAGGACAGUUUGUCAAGAAAGAAGCAUUUAUUCCUUUUUCACUAGGACGAAGACACUGUUUAGGAGAGCAGCUGGCCAGAAUGGAAAUGUUUUUAUUUUUUACAGCAUUACUUCAAAGAUUUCAUCUACAUUUUCCUAGUUCUUUGGUUCCAAACCUUAAACCAAAAUUUGGCAUGACACUGCAACCUCAUCCAUAUCUCAUUUGUGCAGAGAGACGAUAUUAAAUAUUACCAUGAUGGCCACAGAGGCAUAGGGAAAUGAAAUUACAUACAGAUUCUAUUCUUUUGCCUGGAAUGAACUGGUUUCUGACUUACUGUUAAGAAAAAGUCAUGAACAAGCUUUCUAAGAAGCUAAAUAGAAAAAAAAAGGAGUUUAAAAGAAAUUGAAGUGAGAAAUGGAGUAAAAUCUAAUUUAAUCUAGUUUGAUCUAAUUUAACUAUUCAAGUCAAGUAAGGGAUUAUUUCUACUACCUUUCAUGGAAAGUUGGACCCCAUUGGAAAUCCUGAGUAACCCAAACAUGACUAGAUGAGCUAAAUUUACUUUAUUGUAAGGUACGUUAACAGAAUCUUGCAAGUCUGAAAAUACAAAUUUCCUGCUACCACUUUUAAUCAUCUAAUCAAUUAGGGUGCAUUCUUCCUACAUUUCUUUCUCUUACCAGAGGCUCCACUCUCUCCUGUCUGAUUGUUUCUUAGGCAGCAUCUCUUUCACUUGUCCCUUAAGGUCAUCCACACAUUCCAUUACAAAAACUGAAAACAUCUAAUACCUGUCAUCCCCCCUCCCAAGAUUUGGGUUAAUGUCAGGAUCCCAAGUAACACCCCUAAUGAAAGGAGACUCCGAGGCUUGAGUUUCUUCAA